UAAUUACUGGCCAAGCACUACCAACUGCCAGACUUUAUAUUCGUUUGAUGUUUUUGAGGCAUUUUCAAACAUGAAGUUGGCAGCUCCCUCCCUGUCGAGGCAUGCUAUUUUAAAGCUUCUGGAGCACCAGUCUGUUCGAGGAGGAAGGGUAAGUCUGCCUGAAUCACAUUGUAACACACAAUUAUGACUGUAUUUGUAAUUUUGUGGGUAUGUUUCUUUUUUUGAAAUCCUAAUAGAUUAUUUUUUCCUUUCAUAGCCAGGGAAAAUCUGUGCAGAUAUGUUCCAGAAGAGCUACUUUGAAUAUUGCUUAUGCAAGCACACAGAGGACACAAUGUCUGAAGUUGACCCUUUUUGCUGUCCAGCCUGUCAACCUGAUAUGUUGGCAGUAUGCUGUGAUGGCAACCGGAAAGAUUAUCGUUUCAAAAAAUCAAGGGGAACUGAGGAACCCUCUUUAUAUGAGGGCUAGUUCAUAGCCAAAGACGAUGAAGUUCUGACCUUUCAGGAGAAUAUCAGAGGAAGCAGCGGGGCAAGAGUAAGUUUGAUUCUGCAUACCACAAUCUGUUUAUGUAUGUGUGUAAGGUGUGUGUUUCUAGUCCAAAUGAGUAACAGCUGACUUCACAGGCAAAUGACAAUGGGACAUGUGGGGUGUCAAGGUUCAGGGCAAGUAAGGAGGCCUCAAAUAAAUCUUCCUCAAAAAUUGAUGAAGAGGGCAUACAGGUGGCAGUCUGCAGACAUGGGAUAUUAUUGCGAGGACUGAACCACUACCGUGGCGAAAUAUUUGCAUACCCCAUGUUUUUGCAGAAAGAAUUGGGAGAGAGGGCAAAUGUCACUUUCUUCUGCAUGGAUGUUGUCUGCAGGUACUGGCCCUACCUUAGCAAAGUGGUUGAUGAGUUUCCAGAUCUUCAGCCUUUGAUGCAUAUGAGACCAUUUCUCAGUGUAAUGCACGCCAAAGCACAUACAGCAAAAUGCGAGGUGAGAUGGGGUGGCAGCAAUCAGGAUGUAGCAGGGAACACAGUUGGAGAGGAAGUUGAACAAGUGAACAGCUUUCUCUCCAUGGCAGCUCUUAUCACAAAAUACAUGACAAAAGCAGGGAGAGAAGAUAUGCUGACGCUACAGGCCAUGGGUUGGAACAGAAAAAAGACAGAGAACCUCCACAAAGCUUUGGCCCAGAGAUACGUCACAAUCUCAGAGAGGGCAAAACUGGAAGCUGCCAGCCUCAGUGACUUUCAGCAAAAGCAAAACCUCACUCAGCAAACAAUAGAGCAGUGGGUGUUUGAUGUCCAGCAAUGGGCAGUCACAAAUCGAGUCUACACACAAGGGUGUACAGAGGACCUCAGGGCAGAAAUAGAGACCAUCACAGUAACCCUCCUACGCAAGAAGCAGGACCUCUAUCGUCAGCAUGAUAGCAACCAGACAAGACACAGCAAGCGAAGAAAACUUAGAGAUUUUAAAAAAAAACUAAGAGAAAAGGUCUUGCAGUACAACGCAUCUGAAGAAGAUGAAAUUGAUGAGGACUUGGCCUGCAAUUUGACGGAGGGCUACAUCCUGCCAUGGGAGAGACGUGAAGAUGGCAACUCAUUCAGAUUGAAAAGGUCACUCUUUGACCGAAUGAUGCUACUUAAACGGUAUGAGGAGGAGCAGAGCAUCCUCAUCAAAGAAAUGACACAGCACAUCAUGUCAUUAAGGAAGGAGAUAAAGGGAGUGGAGAAACUCAAAGACAACAUUGGGAUGUUCGAUUUUGGUGACAUGUCAGAGGACGCUGCAAAAGGUUUCGAAAGUGUCCUCAUGCGGAGGUCCUCCGAACUGGAGAAUUCAUGCCAACAAGCUGUGAGCUCAUACAGUGCUAUAGUUGAUGAGUUAGAGAUUGAAGACACCGAACAAAGGGUGGAUUCUGAGGGUGAAAAUGGCUUCAGUAGUCCGGAUUCAGAGGAAGAGGAUUAGGAAGGAAAAUAUCAGGGGGUUUUAUUUUUGCUUUCUGUUAACUUUGUUCUACUUAUAUUUUCCCUCUGUACGUGUUCAUGUAUUGUUCCCU